CCUAGAGAGAGAGGGGGCUUUCAGGGGUCACAUGGGAUGGAGAAGGCCCCUCCCCAUAUCUGACACUCCUGUCUCUCCCUCAGCCAGACAGAGGCUGGCAGGGAUGAGGUCACCUGGUCUACAGCCACACGCCACUGAAUCAGAUGUCCACUCAGGCUCAACAGGUCUGCAAAAAAAUGCCAGGUCAGCCCUACAACAAGGUAGGCAUUAGUCCUUCCAUGUCCCCAGCACAGAUAGACAAACUCAGGAUGACUUCAGGAAACUUUAGGACCCAGUGUGGAUGCCGAGGGGGUGUCACAGCCCAUAACCACGCAGAGGCGGCCUGGUGGUGAGCUGGAGACCCACGGGGAAGGGGCGCUUGGUGGGCUGCCAGGUGCUCUUUCACAGAACCUUUCCACCAGCUGUCACCCCAGCUCUUCUGUGAAACUAAAUUCUCUCCAUAACCCCUAAGGCCUUGACCUCUAGCAUCAAUCAGAAUCUGGCCAGACCCAACAGGACGUUCCUCCGAACACAGUGUGGGGCCAGAUUGGGGAGGAUGCCACAGCCUCUGCCUAAAACCAAGUUAGCGUGUCAUCCAGAGCAGGACCUGACAGCUGUGCCCAAGAAAGUGCCAGCUGCCUGGGCUUAGGGUCAGGAGAAUGGAGCAGCAGCCCAGGUAUCAGAAGCCGUUGGUGACUGAGUGCUUUUGCACUGAAGGGGACACCAGAAGGGCAACGUGCAGAGCCUGCCAGGACACGGGACCAGAAAUCUUCACUGCAGGUUGGGUCAGGGAACGGGAUUGGACGCCCUCAAGUUCACCAGCCAGAUGGGUGCAAGGCCUCCCUGAACAGUCUGGAUGUGGCUCCCCAGGCUUUCAGAUUGAAAAUAUGAACUCGGCUGGGUGUGGUGGUGAACUCCUGUAAUCCACUCAGGACUGAGGAAGAUCAGAAGUUCAAGCCCAGCCCCUAGCAAUGCAGCUACUUUGCAAGACUGUCUCAAAAUAAAAAUUUAAAAAGCCUGUAAGUGUAGCUCAAUCUGAAGGUCCUGGGUUCAAAUCCCAGUAUGAAAGGCACAGAUAGGGAAAAGGAAGAGAAGGAGGAGAAGGGAAGACAAAGGAUCUUUUAAACACUCCUGGUGCUCGCCUGAAACUUCGUUUCCAGACAUUUUUGAGAGAAAGGGGUCUCUGUAGCUACCAGGAGCCCGGUCCACCUUCGUUUGCAGUAAGCCUCCAUCCCACCCACUGGUGUCCCCUGCUCUACCCCCCACUGCACGCCACCCAAAUCCCCCAAACCAGACUGUGUCUGCCAGCCCUGGGGAAAGGGCAGCCCACUCCCUCUGGAGGAGGUGACACAGCUACUUCCUCACCCUCCUCUCAGCUGCAGUUGCAGCCAGGCAAGACCCCAAGUCCAGGGAGCCUCCAAAAGGCCCUGCCACUGGGCUGAUGCUCCGGGCACAGCACGACCCAGAAGUACAGGUCAUAGAGUCCUGGAAUGUUCUCAUGCCCAAAGUUCUGCGAAGGAGUCUGACCUAGAAAGGAGGGGGGCAGAAACCCACCGUGGCCUCCCAGGACAGUAGGUGGUAUACCUCAAUGACCCAGUAACAGCAAAGUGAAGUAGAGGGCUGCCCUUGGCCUUUCUAACCAAUCUCCUCUCCUCCCUUCUCCUGGAGCAAUCACACAUCUGACUUGAAAUUCUACCCCCCCCCCCAGCUAUGUAAUCUUGAGCAAGUUACUUAACCUUUCUGGACCUUGGUUGCUGCAUCUGGUAAACAGGAACUGUAAAACCCCCAACAUCACACCACCGUCAUGAAGUUGAAAGGAAAUAACACAUGCCAACCACUAGGCACAUGAUCUGUCCAAAACUGGCAUUACUUGUCAGCUCUGUUGCAACUGUCAUCAUAAUCACCCAACACAUACACGUUCCAGUACCAGGCCCUGCUCAUGGUGCUGGAGACGCAAGGCUGAGCCUGGAAGCACAGAAUGGGUAAACAAAUGCAUCAGCAACGUGUCACCAAGUGCCAAAAGGCUUGCUCACGGGGAGGAGGGGAUACAAAGCAACAGGGUUGGUGUUGUCUUUAGCCUGUUACUCUGGUCUUCAAUCUGUAUGUAUAGAUGGCAGCGGCCCUCGGGGCGCGCAGGACGAGGGUGCGCUCGCUGGCUGCACUUCGGGGCGGGAGCCGGAGCCUGGCGACCCAGCCUUCAGAUUCACAGCUGUUGAUUGCAGAGGAGAGGAACCAGAUUCUACUUGACCUUAAAAAUGUAGGAUGCUCAGAAUUAAGUGAGAGAAAUGCCAUCUACAAAGAAUUUUCCUUCAAAAAUUUUAAUCAGGCCUUUGGCUUUAUGUCCCGAGUUGCCUUGCAAGCAGAGAAGAUAAAUCAUCACCCCGAAUGGUUCAAUGUGUACAAGGUCCAGCUAACACUCACAUCCCAUGACUGUGGAGGACUGACCAAAAGAGAUGUGCAGCUGGCCAAGUUUAUUGAAAAAGCAUCUAUUUUUGUGUGAUUUCUCCCAAAAUGCACGUAAAGCUUACACACAUCUUAGCUACAAUAUAUUGUGUUUCUUUCUUUUUCCUUUCUUUUUGAGACAAGGUCUUCCUAUGCAGUUGAGCUCACUUUAUAGCCCAGGCUGGUCUCAAACUCACAACGAUCCUCCUGCCUCAGCCUCCUGAGUGCUGGGAUUAUAGGCAUGAGCCACCAUGCCCAGAUUUUAGCUACAAUGUAUUUUGAAGGCAACUUACAUCAACAAAUUACACUGUAAAUUAGUUCACCUUCAUACAUGCUGUAUAAUCAGUCCUUACAUAUAAAAU